AUGAGUUUGGAUGAAGUACCACCGCCAGGAGCAGCGCUUGUUGAGGAACUCGACAAACGCUUACUGGUACAGCUCAGGGACGGGCGUAAGAUAGUUGGCAUUCUCAGAUCUUUCGAUCAAUUUGCCAAUCUAGUAUUGGAAGGAGCUGUGGAGCGUAUCAUCGUGGGGAUACUCUAUGCUGAGGACCCCCUGGGCCUCUAUGUUGUCAGAGGCGAGAAUGUGGUCCUGCUUGGGGACAUUGAUGCAUCACAUGAUCCCCCAGCAAUCCUUCAAAAGGUGAGCUUGGCAGAGAUUAGGCAGAUACAGCGGGAUGAGAAGGAGCAAGAAAAGAUCAAAAAGACCAUGAAGGCCCGGAUGGACUUCUUGGAGUUUGACUGA